ACAAGACCAACAACAGAAGGAUCCACUGAGCUUUUGACUUUUCAACAUGAGUGGGCUAAAUGAUCAAGGGUACAAAGGCGCCUCAGAUGUGAACGAAAGGAGGAUUGUUCUGGUUGGGAAGACUGGAGUGGGGAAGAGCGCAGCAGGAAACACCAUCCUCGGGAGAGAAGCCUUCGAGUCAGACCUGUCUCCAUCUUCACUGACGGCUGAAUGCCAGAAAGCCAAAGGAGUCAUUGAUGGUCGAAAAGUUGCCGUUAUCGACACUCCGGGGCUGUUUGACACAAAUUUCACCCAAGAAGAAGUGUUGAAUAGGAUCAAGAUGUGUAUCUCUCUGUCUGCUCCUGGUCCUCAUGCCUUCCUGGUGGUUCUUCAACUGGGCAGGUUCACCCAGGAAGAGAAGGAAACGGUCAAGAUGAUUCAGACCACUUUUGGUGAAGAUGCAGCCAAAUACACAAUGGUGCUGUUCACACAUGGAGACCAGCUGAAGAACCAAACCAUUGAGGGCUUUAUUUCAGAGAGUCCUGACCUGAAAGUUCUCAUUAAAACAUGUUACAAUAGAUAUCACGUUGUUAACAAUGAAAUCAAAGAUGCCCAACAAACCAGUGAGCUCCUGGACAAAAUUGAGAAGAUGACCAUGGCUAACGGUGGAAGCUACUACACCAAUGCAAUGUUCAUGAAAGCAGAGGCAGCCAUAGAGAAGGAGAAAGAGCGACUUCUAAAGGAGAUGGAAAACCAGAGACAGAAAGAGCUGGAUGAACUGAGAGCCAAAUAUGCAGGAAUGAAUUCAGGAAGGGCCUACUACAGGGAGGAGAAGUGGGUGCAUAUGAGAUACGAGCAUGAAGCUAGAUCUCGAGCCGAAAAAUCAAACGAGUUCACCUCAGCACCAACAAUUGCUAUAGCAACCGCCUGCGGUGCUGCCAUUGGAGGCGUGCUUGGAAUUGCAGCAGGUCCACUCGGUUUGGCAGUUGGAGUUGCAGCUGGAGCAGCUGUUGGAGCUUCUGUUGGCGCUAUAGUAGUGAGAGUCUCAGAUCGCUGCAAUGUGCAAUAAGAAAGAUACAGGAGAGUUCAAUAAUUAAGUUUGCAUUUUUUUAUUUCCACAAAAGUCCUGGUCAUCUAGAUAAGCAUAAUCUGCUUCUGCAUCUAAGAAAAAAAAUCUCUGCACAUGUGAUUUACAUUAAGGAUGACUUUCAUAAUCACUUUUCAUCACUAAAUGAUGUAAUUAGUACCUGUAUCAGAGACAGCUAAUGAACUUGUAUAAUGCUGCAUCUUUAACAAGAUCUUCACUUUACAUUAUGAACAUAAUUUAAUGCUAUUACCUAAUGACUGAUGGAGCAUACGUUUGUAGCAUCUAAAAUAAUUCUGUUAAGCUGUGUAGGGGGAUCCUGUACAUUAAUAUCAUGAACCAAACAGCUGUAUGAAGGACAAAAGAACUAGUGUUGUUAUUGUUGUUGUUGUUGUUUUUGUCCAUAAAGGUGUACAUGUAUGUGGAUGUGAGCAACCUAGAAUGUGUGGUGGCCUGGUCAGUCUGCAUGACAAAAGGACUCUAAAAUUUGUUUCAUGUGCCAGGUGUUCAUACUGAAUUCCACAUGCUUGGUCCUGUGGUCAGUCACCAGUGAAAACUGGAAAUACACUGCUAUUUAAAGUGGCAGUAUCAGGGUCCACAGACUAGCUCUGCUGUGCUUUCAUUGUAUUAGCUUUCAGUUGUGCUUUUUUUAAAUCUGUAAAUCAAGUCAAAUCAAAUGUUCUCUGUAAAAAAAAAAGACUAAACAAAC